AUGAGUUAUCGCACUGCUCCAACUUAUACGGACCACAUAUCUUCAUUCCGUGCGCCUAUCGCGAGACUUCGCACUGCCAAUAGAGAGAGGUUGGUCAAUCAAAAACGCAUUUUAACAACACCGCGGAUGUCUUCCCACUAUCUUGAUGUACUUGAACACCUCUCUCAGUGUUGUUCUGUCGAGCAAAACAUAGCGAGUCUUCAUCAAUACUUCAUACAGAAUUCAUGUGGGGUAUCCGAUGAGGACAACUCCACAGUGUGUCAAGUAUUAUUAACAUUACUUUGCAGUGGUAAUCAGUCGCAAUACACGUUAUCGAAGUGUAUGGAUAUCCUCACACACUUCGCUAAUUUGGCGAGUUUUGUGAUUGACGCGAACACCAUUCCAACGGAUUGCACGAUCAUCACUGGAGUUGUUCGUUGCUCAUUUGCACAAAACGCGGAGUUGCGGAAGGCUGCGCUGAAAUUAGUGAAGAGGGCAAUCACCACGUUUCUCUCGCCGUGUUUGCUCACCAAAUUUGUGUUGCCGAAUUUGGUGAAUGUUGCGGAGGUAUACGCAAACGACAAAAGUACUGUCAGUCUUGUUGCUGAGAACUUUGUGUCUGCCGUCUCGUCUUAUGAAUUUUCAUUUGACAAUUAUUCGAACUUUGUCGAAACGUUCAUCACGAAGGAUUUGGUCAAUAAGGAGUUUGUGAGGUGUUUGUCUGUGUUGGUGAAACAGCACAACUCACAGAAGUACUUGUUGACCAACGAUAUCUUCAUGAAAAGUGUUAUUUGUAUAUUAAAAACUCGUGAAGAUGUGUUUUUGGAUGUGAUUGACCUCUUAAUAGAGAUCAGUUUAACGCAGAAGUUCUCAAGUAAAUUACUUGAUGAAAAGUACAUUGGCGAGAUCGUCAAGAACUUCCAAAGUCGUGUGGUGGGGGGAUACAAUAUAAUCGGCUUUUUCGAGUUGUUUGUGAAUUUGUUAAACAACGGGAAUUACGUAGUCGAACGACUUGAGAAGUUUGGGUUGUACACGUUUGUGUUCAACGCACUUGACAUGAUCUAUGCGAAGGACUUGGAUGGACUUGUCAAUUUUGUGAAUUCGACAUUAUUAUGGGCGACCGAUAAACAGAAGAUUGUCUUGUGUUGCGAGCCAAUCUUCUGGAUGUACGCAAAUUACUUGAAGGAGUCGUUUAUCAGAGAGAACCCGACCGUUCAAACCUUGAAUCGGCUGAAAACACUAUUCUCGAUGAGUGAAAGGAAAAGAAACAUAUUGGACUUUUAUUACUUGACGGGGCUCGAACAAGUAGUGACGACGUUAAUGUUGAAUUCAUGUCGACAGAUUGCGUGUUCAGCAGAGGAUAUCGAUGAGAUGAUCCGGAAGACAAUGUGUUUUGAUCUUGUCGACUUGUAG